AUGAGCAGCAUCGACUCCCUUCUCAACCCCGACGCCAAUAAGGGCGACCAGCAAACGCGCUCAGAACAGUUCAUCGCCCCAACGACCUACGACGCCGCCGACGCGCUUGCAACCCUCGCAACACUGGGCAGUGGCCAGCAAUACGUCUCGCGCGAGCUCCCCUCACCGACGGCCUUCGCACAUCCACCGCGCCGCAGCAGCAGCUUUAGCUCGCACGCCGCACCCGUAGAACCUUCGCCGCCCAUCGAGCAACCUCAGGCGCACUCCCCGACGCUCGAACAGUACCACCACGGGUCCAAUUCGCCGGAGGCACAGCGCCGCCAAUCUUUAGCACUGGCUCGAUCUUCACCCGCGCCCGUUCUGGCGCCCAUUCAGAACCUUUCGACUAGCCUGCAGGACCAGAUAAGCGAACCGGCAGCCUCGCAUGGCCAUGAUGUUUCACAGGUGGUGUCACCACCAUCGCAUCCUGGUGAGAAUGCGGGCCGCGACGAAACACAGAAUCGCGAACCGGCAUUCGUACGCGACGAGCCAACAACAUCCCAGAUCCGCGUACCCGAGUCGCCACACGAUACAAAUGAACUGCCUACACUGAAGCAUGAGCCCUCUGAUACGCCGCAAGAAAGCUUGUCCUCCAUCGUACCCACGCAGUCAGUAGAGCGUCGCCAGUCUGUUACAUCGGAGAAUGUGGAUGCCGAUACGCUGAAAGCGAUUGAGAUAGCAAAGCAAAGCGACCUAGGCUUGCGCGUAAAACGAAAUGCCAGCGUUUCCGAGAGCGUUACCUCGCCCACCGAACAAUCGAAACCAGCGCCCUCGAAGAAACGCCCUGCACCUUCUGGGGCGUCUGGGAUCAAGAAGAAAGGCACCGCAACAGCGAAGAAGCCACCAUCAAAGAAGAGAAAGCUUGACACGGAAGGCGAUGGUCACGCACGCUCGGUCACACCCUCCUCGAGAACUGCGAAAAGCAGGAGUGGCAAGAAAGGCUCGCAAGCGGGUACACCUGUUGCAGGGUCAUCGCCCGCGCCCGACCAUUCCUCCCAAGUGCACCCUAGCGACGAUGAGGGCGCGUCUUCCGGAUCGGACGAUGCACUUUACUGCAUAUGCAGGAAGCCAGACAACCACAGAUGGAUGAUUGGCUGCGACGGCGGCUGUGAUGACUGGUUCCACGGCAGCUGUGUCAAUAUGGAGCAACAAGAUGAAGAUCUCGUGGACAGAUUCAUUUGUCCACUGUGCGAAGAGAAGGGUCGAGGCCAAACAACGUGGAAGCCCAUGUGCAGGCGCGAUGGGUGCCGCAAGCCUGCGCGUACACCUAAAGGGAAAGAGAGCAAAUAUUGCUCGGAAGAAUGUGGCGCACUUUUCAUGAGUGAACAGAUGCAACGGACGGCGGGCGCAAAGGCACCGAGAAAGAAAGGCAAGAAAAAAGGCAAGAAUGGCGAAGAGCCAGCAGCUUCAGACGAGGAUGAAGAACCCACGCCUCUCGGCGGUGUCUUGCGUACGAAAGAUCUCAAGGCGCUCAUCGACCAAGCGAAAGAUAUCCAAGCCUUCAAAGGCCUCGGUUCGGGCGUACUCUCCCCUCCACGAACAGCAUCACCCACAAAAGCCUCCUUCGACGGCGUCAAUGGCACCGCCCGACCCGCAGACGAAGGUCUAGCCCUCACAGCCGGCGAAACCGAACGUCUCAACGCCCUCUACAACGAGAAGUCUCAACUCAAAGACCGCCUCGAAGUCCUCAAGGACCGCGAGAAGUUCGUUAGCUUGGUCAAAGAGCAGGUCACCCGCAUCGCCGAGCGCGAGAAAAUGAAAGCGAAAGAACUUUGCGGAUACGAUACACGUCUUGCUUGGUCGGAUGCGGAGUUUUUGCGUUGGCGGAAUAGUCGGAUUGGAAAGGCGAGCUUCCAUGCUAUGACGCUUGCACCGUCGCCUGAUGAACUUGCUUCUUUUGCGGCUGAAAAUGGCGGUGAUGCAGAUAUGGCGAUGUCCGAGGAACAGGCAGCGGAAUCUGACACUAUAUGUCUGAAGAAGCGCUGCCAGAAACACGCACAGUGGCAGAAGCAGAAUCUUCAAGAUGCGCGAUUUGAGGAGGUGGAGAUCGCAGAGUCGAUUCGAGAAUGCGAGAAAGAAGAGAGGAGCGUACGGGAGCGCGCUUUGAGAAGGGGAGCAAAAGACAAGAUGGCGAGGGAGUUAAGAGGGGAGGCAGGUAGCGGCGAGCGAAAUGCGGAGGGGUGGGUGGAGGUGGUGAAGACAUAG